AAGAUACAGUCCAGCUGGAAACUGUUAGCAAAGACAAAAAGUUAGAGUGAGAGAAGCUGACUUCAACCCAAAGUAAUGAACUAGACAAAAUGUUGAGAAAUGCUUAUUACUUGCAUUAUUUUUCUAGUGAAUUGGAAGCUGAGGAUUCCGAAGAAGACAAUCAUUUCAAUCAAUUACUUAAUCUUUAGACAAGAAAGAAAUCAAUAUUUUGAGAAGAAGACUAACUUUAUGAGACCUUAUAAAGUUAACUAUGUAACCUUAUUUCAAUCCGCAGAGGUGAAUAAACAUACUCUGAAAUUUAUAAAAUCAUCAUUUCCUCAAAGAGUCGCUGAAUUAAGAAUCAAUUGCAGCCAAGAUCCCUAUUUGUAUAUUUUUCCUAUUUCGAAUUUAAUUCUUGAGGUCAGCUCAAAAGUUUUGGAGAAGAUAGUCAUCGAUGGCUUUAUAAUAAGUGCUUACCAGUUCAAGAGAAUCAUGGCUUGAUGUAAGCAUCUCAGGAAAAUAUUUUUCUGGAGAUGUAAUAUCUCAAUCCCUUCAGUCUUCAACUUUUCUCAAACAUUGAAAAAUACAAAGAUAAAGAUGCUGGAUUUUGAUUGAUCAGGCAAUAGCACCUUUACUAACUGGGAGGAAGGUUUUGAAGAGUUCCAAAAUCUCAUCCAAGGACUAGCUACUUCUCCAGAUUUAAAGAAAAGUCUUCAGGAAUUUAAAGCUAGAAAUUGUUGUAUUGAAGAAGAAAUAAUCAGAGAGAUUCUUGAAGAGAAUGGGUUCAAUAAUGUCCAAAUUUUUGCAUAAAACCGAAAUGAUUCCUACAUUCCUGGUCUCUUUAUGGAAUAUUUACGGUUUC